AUGGUGAGGAAAUUACCCCUCGAUAACAUUCAAGACUCUCCGACUAGUGAGACCUUCUUGCAUCCGGGGGACUCGCAGAACUCGGAUGCGAUAUUGGUCGCCUUGGAUAACUUGAAAGCAUAUGCAGCGAAGGUGGCGGGCGAAGGUGGCAAGCAAAAAGCGAUACAAUUGGAACUUGUAUUAGAAGAAGCCGACGAACCUGACCUUGGUCUCCAAGGCUCUCCUGCCACAACCCCUAUACCUCCUAUCUCUCCUUACGCACCGACACUGACCGAGCAGUCACGCACUAAGGGCAUACUCUCCAGCAUGGACGAGAGAUCGAGAGUCGCCGUCCUCGUGGACAACGCGGACUUCUCGGUACAGCAAGUAAUGGAUGUCAUCACGAAGAUCGUCACAAACUCCCCCCUGGGGCUCUCGGAAGAGAUUCACCGCGUCCUACUCUUCACUGGGCAUCCACAUAUCAUGGAAUAUGUUCGAUGGACGUUGGGGUUCAAGUCUGAUGUAAUUCGUGGGAGGGUUGUUCCACAGCUUUUGUCGAAUGAGCGGGAGGAGCUCGUUGACCUCUAUGAAAGAUAUGAGUGGAAUUCCAUGGUUGCACCCCUGCUUGACGCGAUAAUUGGGCCCGCAAUAUCAGAUCUCCCAGCUGAUUGUCAAGAACCUAUCGACAUGGACCGUAAUUCCUCCUCUGAACCGUCAUCUUCCACGCAAUCUUCAUUCUCCACAAACUCCUCGUGCUCCAUGCAGUUUUCGUCCUCAGAUUCUAACAUCAGUUCCCCCCCGUCGUGCAAUCAGGACAGGGAACCCGUAGGAUGUGACAUCCUCGCCUCUUAUCCCUACUACAUCACCCUCGACCACCCUUAA